UCCUGAAGCCUGACACUGAUCAAACAGGGAUCAGGCUCAAAAUCACAACACUCUCCACCACAGAAAAACAUCUCCGCUCUUUGUGACACCCAGCACAGCCCCCCUGAACCAACAUUCAAAUAGGCAAGAGUGACACCGGCCCCGGGUAAGGGGAUACCCAGCACAUUUACAUCCCUGCACCUGCCCUGCUGCCCAGAGCAGCGACACCAAAUCCCCCCCAGCAGCAGCAGCAGCAACAGCAGCAGCAGCAGCUCUAUAAAGCUCCUCUUGCCAUCCCUGACACUCCACCAAGAGCAGCCACUGACCUGCCUCAGGCUCUGCUGCCACAGCCCCCUUGGCCAGCACAGCUCUGCUCCCCAGCUCGCACCAUGGAAGCUUCUCCCUCUCCACAGCAAUCCAAUGUCACUUCAUAUGGGGCUAUAACUGUGGCCAUCAUCACCCUGGUUGAGUUUCCUGGCAUGUGGAUCAAUGCUUUCAUCGUUGGUGUGCUUUGCAUUGGCUGGGUCAAAAAGAAAACCCUGAACUCUAAUGAGAAGAUCUUGCUGCUGCUGGGAUGCUCCAGGAUUUCCUUUUUAUGCUUCACAUGGGUAUCCCACUUCCUUUCAAUAAUUUAUCCCAACUACUUUUAUGGUUACCCGACACUUCAACUCCUUACAACUUUUCAAACCUUUUUUAAUUAUUCCACCAUGUCAGUUUCAGCCUGUCUUUGUGGUUUCUACUGCAUAAAAAUUGCCAAUUUCAGGAACAAGUUCUUCAUCUACCUGAAAGUAAAAAUCGACAGGAUGGUGCCCUGGCUCUUGUUGGGGUCAGAGAUUUUAUCCUUGGCUAUCAGCAUCAUUACCUAUGAUGUCAUGGAAACUCUGCAGAGGAACAACGUCACAUUCACAUACGAAGAAAAUUUUUGGGAAGCAAGAAUUACAAUGGAUAAACAUAUUUUCUCAUCAUUUUUUCUCGCAGGCUUUGGAUAUGCUGUCUCAUUCACAGCAGCCAUAUUUUCUGCUCUUCUCCUUCUCUUUUCUCUCUGGAGGCACAAGCGCAGGAUGCAAACAAACUCCAUGAAGGAUCUCAGCAUGGAAGCACACAUCAGAGCCAUGAAAUCGGUCCUCUCCUUCUUAGUGAUGUACAGCAUCAACUUUUUAUGUUUGAUCCUGAUAAUAAUUUAUACCACAAAGAAAGAAAAUAUCAAGACCCUCCUUAUAUCCCUAUAUCUGUAUGCUUUUCCAGGUAUUCAUUCCCUUAUUCUGAUUUUCAGCAAUCCCAAGCUGGAAAAGGCACUGCUCAAGAUGCUCUCCUCUGUGAAGUGCAAGUUUUCCAUGAGCAGGAAAUGUGAUAAAAGCUGGAGCCCAUGCAAAAUGUUGAUCUUUUACUGUAGAAAACAAGUAAUUUCAUUGCUGAUGCAGCUCUCCAGGCAGUGUAGAUGA